UGCCUCUAGGCCUGGGCUGGCCACCCCACCGCACAGGAAGCGGGGAAGGAGUGCGGCCCUCACUCCACCCAGGAAUGUCUGGUCCCCAGUCCCAGGUUCGUGCACCAGUUUCUUCCUGAUCAACAACCAGAGCCAUCUCUACAUGAAUGAAUUUUCCUGGAAGGAUGUUACCAAUGCCUUGUCCCUGGCCAACAUGAUCCUAGGGCUCUUCUCCAUCUUCUGCAGCUUCUGCAAGAAAUGCUACUGUGCCUCCUGGAUGCUUCUGAUCAGCUUCCUAUUAGACACGGCGGUUGUGACAAUAACCAAACACCUCGGCCUCUGCUCCAAAUCAGGGGUGGAGCUGAAUGACUUUGCUGUCUUCACCACCUUUGGCCUGGCCUCUGCCCUGCUCCUAGGCGUGGAUGGGCCUCUGAUUGGGUUCCUGGCCAUCAUCUAUGUGUUAGCUGCUACUUUCCGCCUGUGUUUUUAUUCAACUGGUGCUCCCUUCACGUACAAGGGUCUCCCCUGCCGCUACGCUUCCUGUGUUUUGGCCUCCACCUGCCUUCUGACCAAAGGCAACACGUUCAUUCUCUCUUGCAUGGCCUCACUGAUGAUUCUAUUCAUGAUGGACCAGAGCUACUAUCCACAUGACGAAAUCCUGGAGUCCGAGAACUGGAAAAAAUUGAUUUAUCUAGGAGGUGUCGUCAUGCUGCUUUUGUCCCCCUUCUCCCUAACUGCGUUGUACUGCCUGAUGUGGUCGCUGUCCUACAUCUUCUUUCCAGAUGCGCUGUGGGGCAAGGCCGCGUGCUUCAGGCUACAGCACCAAAGAAACUGAGCAGCCUCACCCACUGCCACCGGCCUCGGGCCAAGCAUUGCCUUGCCCUCACUAAAUCUUGCCUUAUCCCUGUGUC